AUUAUUUUGCCUAAAUAAAGUUUAUAUAGUUUAUAUUUUCUUUAGUUUUAUUUUUUUUAAUAAUUACAUGUAAGGUAAAUAACUGAAUAUAAUAUUGACACUUUUAGAACCUUUCACCUUUAGAUUCAUGUUUAAGCUGUUCAUAGUUCAUAGUGCGGUCUGGUGCGGUCCGGUGAGUGUAGUGAGAGUUGGAGCAUGAUAAUUAGAUAACCUCAAAAAUGAAGCGGUUUGUCGUGUAGAAGGCAUGCGCGUAUUCUGCGUAAAAUAAUUUGCGUUUCAAGCGGCGUAGAAUAUUUCAGGCAAUUUCAGGACUUACGGAGAACAAUCAUACAGUGUGUUGUACUCUGUUUAAAUUAAACCGUUUUAAAUUAAAACAAACAAAUUAAGGCGAACGACUCUAAGCGUCUAAGCGCAACAGUGAGGUGGAGCAAACGAUCAUGAACUGCUUCACUGUUCUGCCGUUUAAAUACCAUGCAGCUUUAAACAAAAGUCUAAUAGAGCACUGCUUAACACGAUUUAUACCCGUGUGCCAAGCCAGAUUCUAUGUCACAGAGAGCGAAAGUCGUUACAGACAGCGUCCUGUCAGUCCAAACGAGCGGACGCAAAGGAAACCAUUGCGGAUACGUAUUGUGCAAAAUUUCAAACACACACGAAGAAAAGUGGAAGAGAUAAUCGAGAAGGAAAACAUCUGGACAAUACCUAAUCUGCUGUGCAUGGGUCGCAUCGUAACAUCGCCAUUUCUAAGUUAUCUGAUCUUGUCGCAAGAUUAUCAGUAUACCAUGGCACAGAUAGCGCUAUGGCUACUCGCGUUUGCAGGACUGAGUGAUUUAGCUGACGGCUGGAUUGCGCGCACCUGGACGUCGCAGGCGUCCAAGCUCGGGAGCUUCUUGGAUCCGGUCGCGGACAAAUUGCUCGUCGGCACUCUCUUCCUAUCUCUGGCGUGGGUCGGUCUGAUACCGGUUCCGCUUACCUGUCUCGUCGUCUCGCGCGACGUUGUUCUAGUGACCGCUGCGUCUUACAUCAGAUAUCGUUCCUUGCCUCCACCAAAAACCUUGGCGAGAUAUUUCGAUCCCACACACGCUACCGUACAAUUGGCGCCGACCCUGACGAGCAAGCUGAAUACUGGGGUACAACUGUCUCUCGUUGCUGGAACGUUGGCCGCUCCAGUUUACCAUUUUGUAGGCCAUCCAAUCCUGCAAUGUCUAUGUUAUAUUACGGCAUUCACCACAAUCGCUGGUGGCAUCAGUUAUUUGUUAUCAAAGGAUACGUAUAAGUUUUUGACGAAAAAGAAAACACCGACGCGAACGUCGCCUUAGCCACCCCAAUCUGUAUAUUAUUAUGUAUAAUAUUGUAUGUUUGUUGAAAUUUAGAUCGUAUGAUGUAUAUUACUUCCUUUUGUACUAUUAUGCUCACUAUAUCUUAUGUAAAAAUUAAUAUCCUGUAUGUAUAAAGUUUUGUAAAGUACAUUUAGAAUGAUAAACUCAAUAUUUUUAUUAUGGAAAAA